AUGGUUUUCAUCAAGAGAUUAGUACCCCUUUCAAUUUUGUAUUGUUUCGAAGGAAUCAUGUUGGGACUGAUUUUAUACAAUGUUCCUUCUAAUUUGAUAGAUAAAGGCGUUGAGAUAAAUAGAUAUAACUUUUCAUUCGUUGUGCUAUUACCUUAUUUGUUCAGAUACAUAGUUGCACCCUUGAUUGACAGUGUAAGUUGGGACAAGAUGGGUAGAAGAAGAAGUUAGUUGGCAAUUUUGUAUUUUGCAUUGGGGUAUAGUGUUGCUGAAAAUUCUUAGAGUUCUGUUAUAUUUUUCAAAUUUCUAAUCGCUAGAUCCUAGUACAUGGUUUUGGAAGGCCUUCUGGAUUGUAUGUUUGUUGGCGUGCAUCGACAUCAUAAUAGCAGCUUGGAUAGUUGAAAGUUUGGAGAAGCAUGACAGAGGGUAUGGAGCAUUGGCUCAAUUUCUAGGAAUUUUGAUAGGGGGAUUUAUUGGAGCAUACAUCUUUAAGAUGUUCAAUUCGCUUGAAUUUUGUAACACAUAUAUUUAUGCCAUUCCUCAAGAGAUCCCAUACAUUACACUCUAAAGUUAAAUUAUAGAUUUAUUUUUAGUUGCAUUCCAAGAUUUGUCUUACAUAUCUGUAGGACUUGCAGUUGCAUGUAUUAUUAUCAUUCAUAAUGAAACAACCUCUAAUUAAGAUGUAUGAAUGUCAUUAUAUUAGAUAAUCGAAGCUUACAAAUCAGCUCUUGGAGCAUUUUCGAAUCGCCAUUUGAUUGUUCUCUUUCUAUUUUUUUGUUUUUUCAGAAUAGGGUAAAUGCCUAUUGAUUUGGCUCAUAUUCACUUGAUGAGAGGGUAAUUGACAGAGGGUUAAAUUCAAUUUUUAGAAAUACUCACCUUUCCAAUUGCAUGCAUUUUACCAUACUAUAUGGCCAAAAUGAUCAAGACAAGAGUGUUGGAAAUUAGACUCAUAAUCGUAUUUUCAAUCUAUGAAAUUGGUAUAUCAAUAAUAUAAAUCUAAUUUUAAUAGCCAUAUCAGGAGUGUUUAUCAUAACCUUGUUUGCUUCUGAGGAGAACUUUCCAUUUCCAUACAGGGAUACUUUAUUGAAAAUAUCAUUAAUAAGUGUUUGGUUGUUAAAUCUGAUAAACAUCACUCUGGCCCAAUCGUUCAUUUACAAAAGCACUCAAAGUUCAAUAGCUGCAACUUUCGUUGCUUUGUUAAGUAGAAAUGCUUGUUAUAUUUUAAGCCACUGGAAUUAACUUUCAAUUUAUAUUUGAAGGAUUCGUGGAAUAUUUAUUAGCCAAUUAUAAUUAUUAUUUGAUUUGGGCAUGUGGAGUAGGAAUUUACGCAUUAUUUUUUUUCCAUUUAGCUUCGAGGGCAACCAUGAUCGAUUAAUUGAAUUGCGAAGAGUUUAGUUUAGAGAUUGAUAUAAAAAAAGAAAAGCUUCUUAUUAAUACUGAACUAGCAACCUUGGCAUGA